ACACGCUGUUCGCCAACCGCCAUUAAACACCAGAAGAAGACGACGACGCCGAAGAAGAAGAAGGAAAAACAACAACAACAACAACAACAACAUGUGAUAACCUAGCGGCACUGAAACAGAGUAUGGGGAAAAGUAACAGCUGCUCUAUCUGUAUCCGGACCAGGCUCGGUGAAAUGACACCUGGGCACGCCUGGUAGCAGGGAGCCAUAUUUCCUGCCCCGUCCUUGUGUGCAGGUCGGGGUGUCAGAGGAACCACUGUACUCAGAUGGGUCAGGCAUUGUGGAGGCUGCCUCCCAGACAACAGCAGCAGCUUCAGGAAGAGCUUGCAGAUCGACUGGCUGACCAAGGAGUAGGAAGACAUGAGCAAGGAGAGGAUGGAGGUCCACAGAGGAGAGCUCCUCAGCACUGUUACGGCCCUGACAUCUACCAUCUGCUGAGGACAUGCAGGGGAGCUAAUGAGCAGCGUGGUUUUAUAGAUUUGGAGAUGCUGCCACCUGAAUUAGGCAUCACCAUACUGUCAUACUUGAAUGCUACUGAUCUGUGCCUGGCUGGCUGUGUGUGGCAGGGCCUGGGAAAUGAUGAGUAUCUAUGGCAGGGACUUUGUAAGUCCACAUGGGGACACUGCUCCAUAUACAACAGAAGACUACCUGCUGGUUACUCAUACAGAAGACUAUACCUACAACUAGAUGAAGGCAGCCUGACAUUCAAUGCCAACCCACAGGAGGGUAUCAGUUAUUUUAUGUCCAAAGGUAUACUACUUGACCAUCCAACCGAGCUGGCUAAGUUCAUCUUCUACACCAGACGGCUCAACUGGAAGAUGCUAAGAAUUUAUCUGGAUGAGAGGCGGGACGUCCUGGAUGAGUUGGUGACCCUCCAUAAUUUCAGUAACCAGUUCCUCCCCAAUGCUCUGCGGGAUUUCUUCAGACACAUCCAUGCACCAGAGGAAAGAGGAGAAUAUCUGGAAACCCUCAUCACGAAGUUCAGCCACAGAUUUUGUACCUGUAAUCCAGUUCUUGUCCGAGAACUGGGCCUCAACCCUGAUGCUGUCUAUGUGCUGUGCUACAGUCUGAUCCUGCUGUCCAUCGACCUGACCAGCCCCCAUGUCAAAAACAAAAUGUCUAAGAGGGAGUUUAUCAGGAACACUCGCCGAGCAGCACAUAAUGUCUCCGAUGACUUUGUUGGCCACCUCUAUGACAAUAUAUAUCUGAUUGGACAUGUGGCUGCAUAGCUGCACCUACCAGCGGCCCAGUAUAAAUCCUCAUACUGCACUGAAGAACAGGACGUGGUGAUUAGGACCCUAUACAUGUCUGGAAAGUAUGGAACACUGUGGAACUGGAUUGUUCAUGUCCUUUAAAGAAUGUAACAACAAAUAAAUCUUAUUUAAAUAUUAGUCAAACAAAGAAAAUCCACUGCUCCACUGUGAGACUAUGACUUUGCUACCAAAUAUUAGUGAUGUUAUUAAAGUAAAAUCAUCUGAAUGUCUUUAAAAAUGAAGAUUGAGGACAAACUGUGAUACUGCACUGACAGAUGGGGACUAACGAUUGGUGGAGAGUCUAAGAGGAAGGGGAGAACUUCCCCUCUGCCGGGCACAUAUGCUAGAGGAGUCGUGCUGAUUUCCAAUUGGACAGGAGUAGUUUCUUGUUCACUGGUAGGAUAAAGACUGGUCCACCUAUUCUUGUGGGAAGUGAAAAAAAGGACCCGGGCUAGUACCAGGUCAGUUACUAGUAUAGUAUUUACCAGUGCAACUUCUCACAAAGUGUGACUGCUCAUAACCAGGAUUUCCAUGUGUCAAGCUUCAACUAGAACAUUUUUGUAUUUUCAUCCUACAUCUCAUACUUUUUGCUUGUGUUUUCCAAGUAUGCCAUGCUCUCAUACUCUGAUGAGUGUCACAAAUUCAUAAGGAGUUGCAUGCAUUGGAAAUCUGACCACUUGUGGACAGGCUGCAUCCAUAAAAAAAAGAAUGAAGAGAAGACUUUCUAGCUCUGCUGUUAGAAACGAACAAACCAAAGAUUUGCAGAGGCAGCAGUGGUGUUUGCAGACUCCAAAGCAUGACAAAUUAGAUGUUAUCAAAGCACAGCUCUACUGUGAGACAAAAGCAGAGGGAAUUAUUAAACAUGAAGUGAGUUAAUGAAUAAGUAAAGCAGACCAUGACUAUUAUGAGAGGCCAAACUGUACAAGUCCCUGUGACAGAAAUAUAAAUUGUAUGACUCCGUUUACACCUGUUCCAGAUAUGAUUUAACCCGAUUACAUUUACAAGUCAGAUAAUUUGGUUUGUGCAGGUCCAAAAAACAACUAAAGAAGAAGAUGAUUGCACUCAAUUAAGCUGUCAUUGUAUUUUCCUGCUUUUCGUUUGGUCUUGUCUGUACUCCACUCAUGGGUGUCUUGGAGGACUCAUGAGCAUACUGCUUUAUGUGACUACUUGCUAAUGUUUGGUGAUUUGGAACAGUCUCAUAUGGUGAUUAUUCCAACCCCUGUAGUUAGACUGAUUUACACCCCUGUUUAAUGUGGUCACAAUCCAACCCUGACCACCUCCUGAGGUUUGACUGAUCACAGUCAAGCUCUAUCUGACUGCAAUCCGAUCACCCAAAACACAUUUUAAUACCAGGUUUCAAAUGGACCUUCAACACCUCAGUAAUCUGGCAAGCCAUGAUGGUAAAAUGGUAAAUGGAGAAACUAACUUUGCAUCACAUGUUUUAGUUGUGUAUUUAGUAAUAUUUAAAUUUGGUAUUAUAU